AUGUCUUCCAAUAUGCUAUUUUACUCCCUAGGAGGAGCUUCUAUGCUGUCUGUCUUUAUUCUUAUCAUUUUAAAUGCCCUCGCUUACGGGGCAAUCCAAUCCUUGUCUUCUUCCACGCGGGCCACUGGGCUGGCUCCUCUCAUUUUGAGUGUUGCGAGCUGUGUGGCAUUGAUUAUGCUCACCUUCCUCGUGCAUAAAGACAUUCGUCACAAUCAUCAAUGGCCUCGUUGGAAGAUCGGUGUGUUCUUCCUCGCGGUUGCAUACCUGAUCAUUGCAGCCGGGUCAACUGCGGGAACUAUGGCCGCGAAUCACAACCAGCCCUCGCUAUGGAUUGCUCGAUCAAUCUUCUGGGGACUCUCAGUCUUUGCGCAAGGGUCUUACUGUGGAUAUCUUCUUGUAAUCUGCUUCCAACAAAAACCCGACACUGCUUGGCCGCACUCCUAUAACCUGUCACAAGAGCUUAAGGCCCUACCUGACACCCCUACUUCGGUCACGCCUCCUGCCCAAGUCUCGGACCCGUAUCCUGAGAUGAAUCGAUUUGAUACCCGAAGAGGGUCUCUUCGCCGGUUUCCUCGGCGUAACAACCGGAACUCUGGGCUCAGCCUAGAUCUAUUCAAGCCAAAAAAUAGCUCUAUCGACACCACCUCCACCGCAUCUACAUUGCACUCUCCCAACGAACAAACCCAAUUUCAAGAAGAUAAAAACCGGCCUUUGCUCCGAGGCAGUGGAAGCAUCCGCAGUAUGCCCAGUCUUCGCGACGAUAUCUCCCGGCAACACUCGCUGGACACCCUAGUUCAGCCUUCCCCAACCGCCUCCACAUUCCAUCUAGACUCCCCGACGGGGUCCAUGGAGACACUUACUAUUCAAGAACAAAAUAUACACCCUCUCUUUCGAUCCACAAGUCCUUGCCCCUCACCCAUGCCAACUCCGGGGACGAGGGUCAAGGCGUCCCCGUCUGCGGGCCAGAUCAUCACACACCAGACGCUGACUCGGAUGCGAUCCGCCCGAUCUCUCCGGGACUCGCGCCAAAGUCCAUCGCCAUUUCUCAGUGAAGACGAAAUGGCUCAGGCGCGAAAGGAACCCGAUUCCGGGUUGUUGCCUUUCAUUGAUGCCGGCCAUGUCCGGCGCAGUAUCACGCAAUAUGAGAAGAGAUAUGACCUAAAUGAAUCUCCCUACGAGAACUGA